UUUCUCAAAUCGAGUCCCUGUUUUUAGUAGAUUUUGUUUAAUACAUGGAUUAUGUAAUCACAGAUUGUGCCCUGUCAUCAAAUGCAUGUGCUGUACUCUAACUAAACAAUCUGAACCUUGCACUACAUCAGACGAAUUACACUUUUGAAGAAGUUAAAGACAAUUAAAUUACAUGUAGCAAAGAAAUUUAAAGCAAGAGAGAGGCAGUUUGCCUCGUAAUCAAAGUGUGUACCAUAUGUUAAAGCCAAAUUACAGACUUUGCAUGUUGCAAUGCCAGUAAAGCACAACUAUGGUGAUUGUAGGAAUUCUUAAAUUAACAUUGUACAUCUUUUUUUUUUGUUGUUUCUUUCUGAAGUUUUCUUUCCAGCCUUUAUUAUAGUAUGUUGUUUCUUUUUGUAAUUUUACAUAAAAAUAAUAGGAAACCCAUAUGCAUUGGUCUGUAUGAACAGGUACAUCAGGACUGGGUUUAUUGAUGGUUUUAUUGAUGAUGAGAACUGUACACAAUACUGUAAGUGCAGUCUCACACAGUGCGUUACACAACCUCAUCAUAACUUCCUUGGAUUGGUGCUCUACACUUUUGGCUAUAAACCCAAGUUGUUUCUUGCUACUCAUUCAAAAUGUGGACCAUUCCGGACUGCUUGUGUCUAUCUGUCUGUCUGUCUCUCUGUCUGUCUGCACACUCUACAUAGUGACCAUGAUGACUGCCUUGAACUUUUUGAAAAAGUUUCAUUUGAGACUCCUGGUCUAAUCUGAUAAACUGUUGAUUUUAUACAAAUUUUGGUAACAUUCUGUGACUCUAACUUCAGUAUAACUACAUUGUAAUAGCAUAGUAAUUACACCACAUGUUGUGUAAUUACAAAUGUAACACCAUGCUUUGUAUUUACACACGUGGUUGUGUAUUUACAAUGUAAUUUCUGUGUAACCAAACAAGCAAUUACAGUGCAAUUAUAGUGUAGUUAUAUACACUUAAUAUAAUUAUCACUAGAUUAAUGUAGCCUGUGAUUGUCUGGACACACAAUGUGUUUGUGCGGUGGUGUAAUACAGGAUAGUUCUGUAAACAGUUAAUGUGAUAUUUAAUAUUAGCCCUUGACCUUAUAUCACAAUUACAUACUUGCCAGUGCUUCCAACUAUCAUUAACUGCAGUGAAAAUCAGAAAAUUGUUAAAUUAUUUUUAACCUGUCAGUAAUUCAGCAUAAUAAUUGCUAUGAGUGAUUUUGGAGCACAUUUGCUACUGCUCCCAAUUCUCUCUUAUUUUUAUCAUUAAAAGAUGGAAUUUGAUGUGCCAAAGGCAUUUCACUGCCCUAAAAAGGCGAACGAAAGCCAUUACACGUUCGUAAUUAAAACAUGUCAAGGUGCUAUGCAAGUUGGAAAUGAGGGGCAAUGAGAACUUGACUGAAAAGGCGGCCAAGAACAACAUUUCACAGCUGAAAGUCUUUGGUCAGUAAAAAUGGCCAACCUUGUCAUUGAAAAUACAUCCUAAGUGUGAGGCAACCUUUUUAUUUGUAUACUACAUUAUGACACCUUUGGAAACUUUUGCUGCCCUGAAUUCUCAAAUUUACAUUACUACAGCUUGUAUAAUAUACAGUACAAAACAGGCCUGUCACCCAGUUUGUAGUACACUCUAGAAAGUAAUCAAUUAUUUAAAAAAAACAGUAACGUUCAAAUUGUAUAAACACUUUAAGCACUGCCACUUCCCCAUCAAUAUCUGAGUUCAUCCCUGUUAAUUUUAGUAGCAGUUUGUAUAUUCAAAGUGUUAAUCCCUCAUUACUAAAUAGGCAUUGAGUUAUUCAAAUACCUGGUUUAACACUGCAUUUUAGAUUGAUAUAUUUGUGAUCAGUAUGAAAAAGAAGUGGCUUCAAAACUUCAUUUAUCCUGCUGUAAACUUACUCUUAAAAAUAAAAGUAGCUAUUCUCUGUGACAGACUGCCUUGACUGUAGAGUUGCAGUAUAACGGCUGCUACCUGCCUGCAGUGAUCGCAUGUCGCUCUGGCUGUGGGAACAGACCUCAUGGGUCAGGGAUCAAUUACCCCAUCACCAAAUACACGCUUGUAGACAUUAUGGCUGACAAUGAAUCACACCCACCUUGUGAGGAGCCCCCGACAAUGGCUCACACAUUGUGUCGUAUGCAACGCACCUUGUUACCAGUUUGUCCACAUGUCUGUGGGAAUUAUAGGCAAAAGAAUGAAACCAGACAGGGCAAUCCAUCAACAACUUUCUCCAGACGGGGCAUCAGCUCCUAAUCCGUGAGGAAUUUCUCAAUGUGUCCCCUUUUUACUGUAUUUAAAUCGAUGGCAGUUAUUCAGGUUGCAUGACUAAGCAUGGACCUGCUGGGUUCAGAAUACCUGGGAACGUGGAUUUCAUAUUUACCAUUUGAAAUGUCACCUCCACCUUUGUGUAUGUACUGUAUGUGUUUUAAAAAAGGGAAAAUACCUUAUGGCUAGCUUUUUAGAUAAUCAUUUGGUCUCAACUGCACAUUUUCUCUCAUGUUUAGUUGAAUGUGGUGUGAAGAAGGCUUAUCCUUAUGUAUUACAUUCUUAGUGUAAUACGCAGUGAAACAGUGAGUUAUUAUGAAAACAUUCAUCACAAAUGCCAUGGAUGAAAUAUAAGAACCUGCAGCAGAAAUGUCACCUGAAUUAUUCCUAUUUUUUCAGUUGCAUUAAUUGGAAAUGAAACUAAUUUAUUUGCCACAGUUUCUCACCUCUCCGACAGCAUUAAUCAGCAUUCUGCUAACCAGAUAACCCCUGGAUUCUCACCCUCAGCUGUAUCAAUUAGCAGAACACUAACUAGCUGCUGCACUGAAUGCACUGGUCCAGCGCCAGUCUCUCGGGAUCUCUGAUUAAAGAAUUAGAAAAAACCUGUCACUGAAUAUUCAGCUUCUUUAAUCAUAGUCGGUGUCUCACAGUGAAGAAAUAUUUUACAAAGACCUUAAACAGUCAAACCUACCCGUUCUUUUGGUUUGCCAUCCACAAAGCAGCCUACAAACCUGUCUAAUUGUAGACGAUUUUCUCCUAUUACCUCCUAUCUUUUUCAAUUAUAAUUGCAUAAGUGGGUCUAUGUUCUGUACAUUAAUGUAUUAGUCGAUAUUAUAACAGUCACACCAGGUAUAUAAAGAUGGGUGAUAUAAAAAUGCUGUUGAGAUAAGAAAUAAAUAAUAAUAAUAAUAAUAAUAAUAAUAAUAAUAAUAAUAAUAAUAAUAAUAAAUACAAAAAAGACGGUAUUCAGAAACAAAACUUGAGUGUUAGUGUUCACAUCAGAGUUAACUAAUUAUUUUAGUUUUUUAGAUUUUGAUGUUUUUCUGUUUCAGUCACUCAGAAGUUUAAACUCACCUGUGGUCUCAAUAUGGCUCACAAAUUCAUGUAUUACCUCUAAGUACAUUUUGGCACACCAGAGUGUAACCAUUAACCUGUCCCCCUGCAACACUUUAUCCUUCCAAGUGCCUACAGUCUGGAAUCAUUUAUCUGUGGAUAAAUCAACAGGAAAAAAGGAGACAAUACAAAUUAAACUCCUGCCAUCAUCUGCAGCACACACAUUUUUGUGGCAACAAGCUGUCAUUCAAUAACUGAUUCAAACAUUCAUCCUUGAUUCAUUUUGUAAAUUAUAAAAGCUGCACAUCUCUGGCGCACAGUUACAGUCAUGAUCGCUAAGAUAGCAGAGCCAUUGAAUAUGUUAACAGAUGCCUUUGCACACUUUGGGCCUCAUUUACUAAAGGGCACUAAAUUUAGAGUUAGCACGCACGUAAAUAACUGAGCCUAAGAUGCACGAUAAAUCUAAAUUUACUGCCCCAUUUACUAACAGAGAAUGCAUUCAUUUAUAUGCAUACUGUUUGGCUCAUUUAUAUGCCACAGCGCGCACACUAAAUUUAGUGCAAGCAAUAAUUUAAUGCGCACGAUAAUGUCUCAGACUACACGUGACAACCUUCAUAUAAAAAUCUUCAGCAGCCCAGGUUUAUCUUUUGGUCAGUUGCUUAUUGUGAAAGGUGGUGGUGGCUUACAUUGAUCGAAAAUGAGCGAUCAACAGACACAGCCCUUCACUGGGGACAGGCAGAGGCAACGCAAACUAAAACUGCACGCAGAGGAGUUAAAAAUUCUAGUGGAGGAGGUUGUUUUAAAUUAUAAUACCUUGUUUGGUCCAGCCUCUUCCAAAACUCCUGUUUCCAGAAAGAAGGCAAUAUGGGCAGCCAUACUACACAAGGUCAAUGCCCUGGGUCACAGCCAAAGAGCCGUAGACAUGUUGAAAAAAAAAUGGACUGAGCUGAAAAGAAAAACUAAAGAGAAGAUUGCUCAGAACCGGUCUGUGGCAACAUGCACAGGAGAAGGACCAUCCAGACAGGUGGAACUGACCAGCCUGGAAAAGAAAAUUGAGAACAUCUUCACUCCAGAACAACAAGAUGUGCAGGGCGUCACUGACACCACGAGAUGUAAAGAUGAUUCACAACCAGGUGCCUCUAGCUCUACAAGGGAACAUCAACAUAUGCCACCAGAUAAACCAGAGGGAACAACUGAAUGUGAGCAGACCUCUCAGGAACCAGAGGGUUCUACACUUGUGGGGGAUGAAAACACAGAUGACCAGUUCAUUCUCGAUUGGGAGUCCGCAACUUCCCCAUCACCAGGUGACGGUGAAGCAGCCCCUGAAAAGGAAAUACAAGAAUUAGAUGGCUCAAAUGCAGACGAUUACGAGAGAGCCAUCUUAAAUGCACAACAGAAACAGCAUGAGCUGUUGGACGCAAAAAUCUGUGAAAUGAACAGUUAUCUGCACGAACAAACCAGAGCUAUAAGAAACCAGACUGCAUCUACAAGAAAGCUCACUAAGGCUGUGAACCGACAAACUAAAGCUUUAGAAUGGCAAUCCAGAGCUCUGCAGAUGUCAGCCACCAUAUCAAGUGGACAUCAGCACAUAGCAGCAGGAAUCGCAGCACUCAACUCCACACUUACCCGCGCUCUGGAGGUGAUCAAUACUAUGAGCAGCAACAGCAGCAGCACAUCCUCCACCACAGAGGAUGCUACUGCAAGGGCAAGCGCAGCUGCACCCUCAACAUCUCCAACUCCAAAUGUCUGUCCUCCACCCACACGCACAACUGGUCUGCGAAGACAGAGAAGAGGGAUGUCCCAGCAAACACAUCAGGAUGCUCCUGGGAGAAAGUCAAGAAGAAAAACAUAAUAAUAAAAUGCAUUUCUAUAGUGUUUAUAUAAUGUUACUUACUCUCACAAACAAAAGUAUGUACGUGUUAAAAAAUUUUAAAAAAACAAACAAACAAAAAAACAAAAACAUUGUGAAAUAAUUACUGCAAUGUAAAAUGUGACAGUGCUGAGUACAGUCAAUAGCACCCAUCACAUUGGGGAAGCGUUCAAUAGGCACAGCAUUUAAAAGCGUUAAGUGACGUUUUCUAUUGAACGACCUGCAUACCGAGAGCGCCUCCUAACAGUAACGAGUCAAGCUCAAAGCUGCCUCGCUGGAGGUUCAAAAUGGCCGACCUGUAUUAUCAGUACGGUGGCUGCAAAUUAAUUUUUUCAAAUAUGGAUUUGUAUGACCAACACAUGUGUGAUAAGUAAUAUUUUUGUUGUCAUUUUAACUUUUUAAAACUGAUUAUGGUAUUUUUUUUAAAGUGACGAUUGCAUUAGAAAAGGAAACAUGCACUAUUUAUAACUUGACAAAUCUGACUCGCGCAUCAAGAUGUUAUACCAAAACAAGUUCAGUAACUUUACAUUACAAAAACACAGUAGUAGCAAUUACAUUUUAGGUAUAGUACAAGUGUGGCGACUGUGGUGUCAUUUCCCCACAUAUUGGACUUUUUGACCAACAUAUCUGUAUGCAUUCUUUUUUUUGUAAAACAAAACAAAACAAAAAAAUUGAUUUAAAUUAACAACGUAAUUAUUUGACUUUUUCCUUUUAAACAAAGUGAAUCUGCAGCAUCGCAUGCAACAUUCGAAACGCUCUGCUUGUUAUUGUUUGUUCGGUCGGCUAAUUAAAGAAUAUUUUCUUAACUGCAUUUAAAAGGAAAAAUAAUGGACGCAUAGCGCUGUGUUAAAGGUGAACUAUAUGAAACACUGUUCUUUCUUUUUUAUAUAGUUUUGCUAUUUCUGCAAGAUUAGGCUUCACAGCGUAUCUCGGCUGAAAAAGCACAGCAGUGACUACACCGAAAACUAUAAAUCCUUUUUUUCAUGGCAGAAAGGGGAUGGUAGAAUAAGAGAACUUUACUAAAAUUAGGUACUUUUGCAGUGUUACAUUUCAAUCUAACCAAGAGCACAUGAACACAGUGUUAUAUGUACUAUAAGACUUAAAUCAUAUUGGAGAGAAAAAACAAACAAACAGCAGUGCUUCAAUUGUUAGACUUUGCAGAGGAACAGAAAAGCCAGAUGCAGGAGCUCAUGGAAAUGCAGAAAGUUGCAAAACAAAGAAACUAACUGCUAAAGUCAUUCAUAGAUGUAUUCAAAGAAUUGUUGAAGAAAUAAUUUAUUUGGAAAGUUUUUAUUUUUUAUUGUAUUUACUCUAUAAAAAUGUUACU